CGGGAGUGGGCGGGCUUGAUAACGUUGAGAGUCAAUCCGUUUUUGACUCUCCCACGCAGCCCAGAUGCGCUCUAGCAUGGGCUCGCCAACGCUCCUGGAUAGCUGAAAGAGAAAUAUUGUCUGAGGUUUGGCGAAUAUUUUCUCCUUCCCUCCCCUCCUGCAUCUCUCGUCCUUUCGCUCUUUUCCAUAUUUCAGACUCUCGAUAUAUUUUCCGGAAGCCUGGUUCUAUCGCUCAAACUUCCAACUUUUCUCGAGUCGUCCAUUCAUUCGCUCUAGUAUAUUAAACCGCCUCUGACGCAUUAAUCGCCCCAUCGACCAAGUCGCUUGUAAUAUUCGGAUCUUUAUACCCCUACGAUACCCCCGGAACACUUAUAUCUAUCGGCAUCCUAUCAUACAACACAUAUCACCAUGCGUUACAUCACUCAGGCACUUAUUUUGGCCGCCCCUCUCGUCGAGGCCGCUGCGUCCAGCAAACGUGGACUCGUUUACGUUUCAUCGAAGACACCACAGGACGACAGUAUCUGGACCACCGACUCCGACUUGACAUGGUACUACAACUAUGGCUCUGUUCCCACAUCAGACUUCAAUGGCAAGCUCGAGUUCGUCCCCAUGCUGUGGGGAGCACCCGAGGACCCAGAGAACGACAUGUCUUUCUACAACACGGUCAAGAACUUGGUAUCGGAGGGAAACAACAUCAGCUACGUUCUCGGCUUCAACGAGCCCGAUGGCUGCGACGGUAGCAGCGGUGGCUCUUGUGUCACCGCCGCAACCGCCGCUCAAGUCUGGAAGAAGCAGAUGGAGCCUUUGAAGCGCGAUUUCGGCAUCAAGCUGGGUGCUCCUGCAGUCACCGGUGCCCCUAACGGAUUCGUCUGGCUCCAGAACUUCUUCUCCGAGUGUGCCAUUCUUGCCGCCAGCUCUGACAACAACGCCACCAACACUACAUCUUGCGAGGUCGAUUUCAUCCCUGCUCAUUGGUACGGCGACUUUGGUGGUCUGGCCAGUCAUUUGGGUCAGGUCAACGGCACAUACCAGAACAUCAGUUCCAUCUGGGUUACCGAAUUCGCAUGCGCAGGUUGCACUCUCGAGGCCAGCCAGAGCUUUGCCAACACUACUUUCGAAUACCUUGACCGCAUCAACUACAUGGGCAGAUACUCAUACUUUGGUUCUUUCCGUUCAUCCGUCUCUAACGUUGGACCCAACGCCGCUAUGUUGACCGAGAAGGGCAAGCUCACCGACAUUGGUGCCGUUUACCUUAACCAGGCCAUGACCGGCAACAUCCCCAAGGGCUCUGCCAGCAGCGUCGCCAAAUUCGCUGGCUGGAGUGGCAUUGUCGCCGCUGCCGUCUUCUGGAGCAUCUUGUAAAUAAGAUGAUAUGUCAUAUUCUUCUUUGGGAGCGGGGAGUUAUCUGCGUGGUAGGGUCAAGACCUCAAUUUGCAUAGAGAGGCUGGAUUUUUCUUUUUCGACAGAACUGAUAUAGAGAUAAUGAAUAUUUGCAUUUACAG